AUCCCACCCAAGUCACGGAGUCGCUGCCGGUUCCGGCCAAGAGCCUCCCCCUCUCUCUUUCUCUCCAAGCUCGCCGUUCCGAUGUUCAUCUCAUGAUAUGAUCUCACUCCACCCUUAAGCAUGUCCAAACCCAUAUCCGACUUCACAUCAAGACCUCCUUGAACCCCUUAACACUGCAAAUUUUCUCCCUCACUUUCCAUACCUCGUUCGUCUCCCAAGAAAAUCCCAAGUAACAUCUCUCCCCACCGAUCAGACCCACCCAUGCACUUCUUUCUCUUCUUGUACUAGAUGUUUCUUAAGUGUCUCAAAUAUCUUCAUCUAUUUCUUGAGUUUUCGGCUUAGGGUUUUGAGUUGCUCACUUGUUUUGGUUAGUUUAGUUGAUUUUCUCAUCUGGGUUUGUUUCAAAAAUGGAGGAUUACAAUCAAAUGAGUGAGAAUUCAACACCGAGAGGGAGUUUCUUGUACGCUAGUAGUCCGGUUCUUGCACCGAGUUCAUCUGUGUACGGACGAACCAGCAACACAAGUGGGUCCAAUCAUCAUCAUCAGAUGCACAUAAACAGCUUCAAUCUUCAAUCAAACGGUUGCUACGACUCUGAAUCGCAACCACAUCUGAUCGUGAAGACUGAAGCGGGUAGUUCGCAACAUGUUCAGAACAAAUUUCAUCAGUACCCUCCCAUAAUUAGAGCCCACCAAACAGUCCUUAAUCAGCAGCACGAACAACAACAACAACAAGGGUCUGAUCAGAGUUCUGGUGAAGUUGAAGCCAUUAAAGCCAAGAUCAUUGCACACCCUCAGUACUCCAACCUCUUGGAAGCUUACAUGAAUUGCCAAAAGGUGGGAGCUCCUCCGGAAGUGGUGGCGCGUCUGACGGCGGUGCGCGAAGAGUUUGAGAGUAGGCAGCGAGCUUCGGUGAAUUCAAGAGAUGCUUCCAAAGACCCAGAACUCGAUCAGUUCAUGGAAGCUUAUUAUGAUAUGCUGGUGAAGUAUAGAGAAGAGCUUGCAAGGCCAUUGCAAGAGGCUAUGGAGUUCAUGAGGAGGAUAGAGACACAGCUCAAUAUGCUCGGUAGUGGCCCAGUCCGGAUCCAUACAUCUGAUGAGCUCAAGUGUGAGGGUGUUGGUUCAUCGGAAGAGGAUCAAGACAAUAGCGGUGGAGAAACAGAACUUCCUGAGAUUGAUCCGCGUGCUGAAGACCGAGAACUUAAAAACCACCUCUUAAGGAAGUAUAGUGGUUACUUAAGUAGUCUCAAGCAGGAGCUUUCGAAGAAAAAGAAGAAAGGGAAAUUACCCAAAGAUGCCAGGCAGAAGCUGCUUAGUUGGUGGGAAUUGCAUUACAAAUGGCCAUAUCCUUCAGAGACAGAGAAGGUGGCCUUGGCGGAAUCAACUGGUUUGGACCAGAAACAAAUUAAUAACUGGUUCAUCAACCAAAGGAAACGGCACUGGAAACCUUCUGAGGAUAUGCAAUAUAUGGUGAUGGAUGGUCUGCAUCAUCCACCGAAUGCAGCUCUUUAUAUGGAAGGUCAUUAUAUGGGUGAAGGUCCUUACCGUUUGGGGCCAUGAAAAAUGAUCACGGAAAGGGUUUUCUAUUGACAGCUCAUGCAGCGUCGCUAUCAAGGUUGGUAAGUUCUAUCGUCAGGCAUAUAGCAUGAUUGAGCUCAGUUAGUAUAAUGUUAUUUCAGGUGUUGGGUAAUGUCUCAGACGGCCCAAUCUGAUAUUUCAUAUGAAAUAUGAUAACUAUGUUUAGUGUGUUUAUAUGUUUUUGGGAUCAUUUAAGAUGGAGUAGCUUUUAUUGUGCCUGCAUUGGUUUGGCAUGUAUGUUUACACUGCUGAUCUGUUAGAAGAUAUGAAUUGAAGUGUAUAAUAUUAUAUAUACAUUCUUGUGUGCCUGCCUGGAGUAUAUAUAUGUGAGCCAGAUAAAGUUAUACCAAGUGGGAUUCUUGCAAUAUAUA